GGCCUCAUAGCAGGCUUUCCGGACGACUUCCCUUUAUAAGGGCGUCCACUCCACCUGCAUCUCGCAGACACCCGUAGGCGGAGCCGGGUGUGGGGACCGUGGGGACUGAGGGAAUUUGGGGUCACGUCAUGCCCGGAGACGAGGAGACGCUGGACCUGCCUGCGUGGAACCGCGUCCCGGACCUGACUUGGGGUCCCCACCACAGAUCUGCGAUGGCGUCUCUCGAUUCUGAGGUGAGGGAAGAGUGUCUGAGGGAAGACCUGAAGUUCUACUUCAUGAGUCCCUGUGAGAAGUACCGAGCCAGACGUCAGAUCCCGUGGAAACUGGGCUUGCAGAUAUUGAAGAUAGUCAUGGUAACCACACAGCUUGUUCGGUUUGGCUUAAGUAACCAGUUGGUGGUGGCUUUCAAAGAAGAUAACACUGUUGCUUUUAAGCACUUGUUUUUGAAAGGAUUUUCUGGAGUUGAUGAAGAUGACUACAGCUGUAGCAUAUACACUCAGGAGAACACCUAUGAGAGCAUCUUUUUUGCUAUAAAGCAGUAUCGUCAUCUGAAGAAUAUUUCCCUGGCAACCCUUGGUUAUGGAGAAAGUGAAGACAAUAGAACUGGCUUGAAGGUCUGUAAGCAGCACUACAAGACAGGGGCCAUGUUUUCUUCUAACGAGACCCUGAACAUUGACAGUGACAUUGAGACAGACUGCAUUCACCUGGACCUUCAGGUGCUCACCACGGAACCCGAGGACUGGGCACAGACAUCUUUCUUCAGGCUGGAUUUUUAUCGGCUCGUGCAAGUUGAUAUCUCCUUUGCCCUCAAAGGAAUUGACCUACAGGCAGUUCAUUCCCGAGAGAUACCGGACUGUUACCUCUUUCAGAAUACGAUUACCUUCGACAACACAGCCCACAGUGGGAAAAUCAAAAUCUAUCUCAACAGCGAGGCCAACAUCGAAGAGUGUAAAAACAUGAACAUAUCUGGGUCUACUCAGAGAAGCACUCACUACCUCCUGGUGUUUGAUGUGUUCGUCAUUAUGAUCUGCCUGGCAUCCCUUAUCCUGUGCACGAGAUCCAUUGUUCUUGCUCUGAGGCUGAGGAAGAGAUUUCUAAACUUCUUCCUGGAGAAGUACAAACAGCGCGUGUGUGGCGCUGACCAGUGGGAAUUCGUCAACGGAUGGUACGUCCUGGUCACUAUCAGCGACCUCAUGACAAUAAUUGGAUCCAUAUUGAAGAUGGAAAUCAAAGCCAAGAAGCUCACAAACUAUGACGUGUGCAGCAUCUUGCUCGGGACGUCGACGCUCUUUGUCUGGGUUGGAGUCAUCAGAUAUCUGGGUUACUUUCAGACGUACAACGUGCUCAUUUUAACCAUGCAAGCCUCACUGCCCAAAGUUCUCCGGUUCUGUGCUUGCGCUGGCAUGAUCUACCUGGGGUACACCUUCUGCGGCUGGAUUGUCUUAGGACCGUACCACGAGAAGGCCUGGUGUCCAAGUUCUUUAUCUCCCUGGCUAUUCCUCCUCUCAUUAGUCUUCUGUCACUGGGAUAAAAUGCCCGGCAAACCAGCUCUUAAGGACGAAAGGAUUAUUUUAGCUCAUGGCUCCAGUGCAGGGUCACUUGGCCCCAUCGCCUUAGGGCUGGUGACCAGGCAGUGCAUCAUGGAAGGACAUGACAAAGGAGGCCUGUUUGCUACACAGUAGCCAUAAGGAAAGAGGGAAGCAGGAAGGGUUGGUUUUCCAACAGCCCUUUCAAAGCAUAUCCCUAGAAGUCUCCCACUAGGCGCUGUCUCCUAAGGUCGCCCAGUGGUGCUACAGUUUGGAGACCAAUCCUUUAACGCAUGUGCCUUUGGAGUCACUUUGAGGUCAGAGCUACCAUACCCCAUCUUCUCUUUCCCGUGAGAUGGCACCAUCCUUUACGGAGAGAGAACCUUGAUAUACCAAGGCAUUUCUGUGGUCACCCAGACAGUAAGUCACAGCGUCACACCAGGCCUGCCCAGCCUCUGUUAUCAUGCUUUGAUAUCAAGAACAGCUGAGCAUCGAGGCCAACGUUAUUAGCACUUUUAGAAUCGCAGCAACCUUGAGUGUGGACGCCAUUCACCAUUUCCAACACACAAGCCAACAGAAGACUCUAAAGGGAAGGUGUCGGGAAAAUUCUUACUUGGUGCGACCGACUGGAGUCAAAGCAGCAGACUUUAGCUUCCUGCCUUCCUGUUACACAUCUGAUUUCAGCGGUUCAGCCUCAGGGACCCAACCGUCACAUCGAUGCCCAUUUCCAGCACUAAUGGACUUUGGCACUGUGCUCCUUGAAAACGCCUAGGUACAGGGAGCUAAAGACAGCGGAUCGUCUUUCACACUGCAUUCUGAAUUAUUAAGCACGCCUCUAAUGUGGCUUUUACAUUUCCUGUCUUCAGGGGACUUUUUUUUUUUUUACUAUGAUGCAUGAAUAAUAGUUUUGUAUUAUCUCCAUUUUACAAAUACGAAGAACAAGCCACUGAUAAAUCAUCGCACUUUGCUAAGGCCAGGGGCAAAAUUGUGACAUUUCCAAAGCUUCUGGUCUUGCCCAGACACUUCGCUUACUCAUAAUGAGCCAGCUAAAACAUUUUACUGUUAUAAAAGAUUCUUAUUACCUGCCUCAAACCAUACUUUAAGUCAUUCUGACAUAGCGAUUGCAGGCUGUAUCUGCAUUAGGACGAGAGGUCUUUCAGCUCGCUCACAAGCAUCAUUUGUGACGUAAAGGUUUUGGUUCCUUCUGUGAUUUCAUACGACCACCAGGACUAUUGAUUGGAACUACCCAUUGACUGUUUAUUAGCAGUCUCUGUGCACAUAGCGCUGGGGCGACUGAGUUCCCAGAAGGCAGAGACUGUGGCUCAUUCCUCUUCAUGUUUUUGGUACCCACCCUGGUGCCUGCAAUGUGUCAAGUGUUCAGCGAGUUUGCUGGUGAGAGCCAGUUGCCCUGCCUUCCAAGGUGUGAUGGCUAAUCUGCACGGUCAACCCACCUGGACUGAGCGUCACCUCGGAGACACACCUCCAGGCAUAAGCAUUUGGGCAUUUCCAGAAAGUUCUAACAGAGGAGGGGGGGGGGGACUCAUCCUGAAUGUGAGUGGCAUCAUGAAAGGGUUCAGAGUCCAGAAUGAAUAAAAGGGGGGGAGGAAGAGACCUGGGAGAGAGUCUGAUUCUCGUCCUGCUGAGAUGCAAGCAACUGGCUAUGUACACUCCCACUGCCCCACCUUCCUGACACGACAAAUUGUAUAUCUAACCCCCCCACCCCCCAAAAAACUGUAAGGAA